AGUCGUCGUUAGCUCGUCGCUGCUGGCUUUACUUAGGUGUCUUUAGUCCGCGGACUGCGACACUCGGCGACUCGCGGCGAGACUCCGGGUCAGUCUUGAGUCCGGACCCCUCUGCGGCUACAUCGGCAAUAUCGAUUGAUCUAUUGCUUGCGCCCUCGAAAGUGAGAGCGAAAGAGACCCGAGAAAAUUCCCUCGAGGGGGACAGAGCAGAAAGAGAACAUAAGCAAGGACGAGCCUAUAAGCAUCUUCUUGUGGCUUCAACUCUCAUCGGCUGCAGUCGUCAACUGUUUAUAGUCUGUACGACGUAGAAGACGACUAAGUAUACUGGAAAAGGACCAAUUUCUUUCUCAUUCCAAUUUUCCAAGUAUUCGCGCGCAGUUCAGCAGCAUCAGCACACUCUGCAGUGCAGUCAAGAGGAGUGUCCCGCGUAUUGUGUGUGCUUGUGUGUGUUCUGCGAAGACUACUCGCGAGUCUCGCGCGCUCAAAUAAGGGUCAUAGUCUCGUGUGUUCUGCGUUCAGUUAUACCUUAUACAUCUAAGUAAUAAUCUCUAUGAGAAAAAGUGCAAAAAGUUGUGAAUUAAGAGAGAGAGAGUAAGCGAUACAAGGGGAGACGGCUUCGCUCUGUACACUUGGCCGAGUCGCAAUGUGCGUCGCGCAACUAUCUUACUCUUACAGAUUUUACUGCGCGUCCGCAGUUGAGCUCAAAAUUAUCAAGAACCCUGUCGCUGUCGCUGCUGCUGCAGCUUCGUGGAAAAACAACAUGGCAGGUGGUGGCGCCUAUGGAGCGUACUAGUGCAAGUGCUCUACGAUCAGCUAUUACUUCACUACUUGUACAGUAUACUAUUGCUACUUCUGCAUCCUGAUCAGGCAUAAGUACAUAUAUAAUAGAUUUCACAAGACAGACAAGAAAGAGACGUGCCUUUCCGCAGUGAAAAGAGCCAAUCGAACUUUUGAACAUUUUUCGCUCUGGAAAAUCGUCCCCGUCGCCUUCGAUUGUUUCGCGCAGCUUUCUGCUGGCUCUCUUUAUAAUCUUACCCUCUUUCUCUUGUGCCCCCCCCCUAUUUCUAGAAGUGUAAUAUAUACAUACAUACACUCUUGAAUAUAUUAGACACGCGCGCGCACUCACACAUUCGUGUGUCUGUCUCUCUCUCACUCUCUCUCUCUCUUUCGCUUUUCGAGUCUUGAGACUCGACAUCGACACCGUACGCGCGCGCGAUCUCCCCCUCUGUAGCACGUCUCUCACAUCAGUCCGGGCUCGAGUUUAACCGCCCCAAUACCUCAUACCUGUAUAUAUAUAUAUAUAUAUAUAUAUAUAUAUGUAGGUACUAACGUCUACGUCGCGAUUUCGCAUUAGCUUGUUUUACAAAAGAAAACUGACGACUCUUCACUUGUUACUCGAUCACCAAUAAAUAUCAGCGGAUUUGCAGAGCAGUUUUUCGCGCAGCUAUAACCUUCAACACAAGAGAAUCAGAGCAUUUGAUCUUGAAUUUUGAAAAUCCUGAUAGAAAACCACGUACAACCAUGGCUUCAACAACGUUAGCGGUACCUGCAAAUGUCACCAACUCUGUUACCUCUGUCGCCUCACACAGUGGAUCAGUCAAGAGUGAUGAGAUUGAUGGAUCUGAAAGUUACGGAGACAAAAGUGCCAGUUUUAGUUCUAGGAAUCAAGUGGACUCAUUGGAGGAAAUCAAUUACAAUGACGGAGACGCAUCUGAUCAAAACCACUGUGGAAUUUGUUCUGACAAAUUGUCCUCACCUCGUGUUUUAUCAUGCCUUCAUGUCUUUUGUGAAAGCUGCAUCGAUAAACUUCAUAAUGUCGAGGAUACUGUUGAUCAUAAAACCAAGUCCAUCGUUACUUGUCCAAUGUGUCAACAAGAAACCCAAGUCACCUCGAAAGGAGCAGCCUCCUUACCAUGUGACUAUGUCCUCACUAAUAUUCUGGAUAUGUCUGCCAUUAAGAAUACAGCAGUACUAUGCACUUCGUGUAAGGCUAUGGAAAAUGCAGUGGCUCGUUGCUCUGACUGUGCCAAUUUCCUAUGUCCUAAUUGUAACACAGCACAUCAGUUUAUGCGUUGCUUUGAAAAUCAUAAAGUUAUUGCAUUCGAUGACCUUAGAAGAUCAGAUGAAGCGAUACCAAUACAUAAACCAAUCUUUUGCGACUCUCACCCCAUGGAAAACAUCAAAUUCUAUUGCUACACUUGUCAAGUACCAAUAUGUAACGAAUGCUUACUUGUGGAACAUAAAGCACCGGAACAUCAGUAUGAAAGAUUGAAAGAUGCAGAGCCACGUCACAGAGAAGAACUAGUUAAUUUAGUUAAUGAAAGUAAAGCUCGAAUAGGAGAUUGUGAUCAAAUUUCUUCUCAACUGGGAAAUGCUCUCAGUGAGUUGCAAGCUCAGCGUGACCAAGCCAAAGAUUUGAUUUUGGAAACCUUUCAGAGUUAUAAGGCUAUUCUUGAAAAAUGUCGUGAUAAUGCUCUUAAUGAUUUGGAAAAGGUCCAUUCUGAAAGAGAACUCGAAAUAAUGGAUUCUUUUCAUACUGUUGAAAAGACUGUUGAAAAAAUUGAAUGUGCUUGUCAAUUUACAAAUCGUCUUCUUGAACAUGGAGAUACAACAGAAAUUUUAUCUCUUCGCCACACUGUUACAAGACAGUUGAUGGAUUUGUUAAAAAAUAUGCCAAAACCGAAUAUCUCAUCUUCAAUAGAAUUUCAAACAGAUUAUAAUAACUUUGAAAAAACAAUUGGAGAAUCUUUUGGAAAAAUUUAUACUGAAAACAUUCCAAGCAUAAACUCUCCAACUGGUACUGUUAAUGACAUACCUGUUGGAAUCACAACUCAGCAGAUCAGUCAUACAUCUGUUGGAUGUCCUAGUUCUAUGAGUGCUAGUUCGCCAAUAUCACUUCCAGCAUCAAUGCAAUCUUCAUUUGAGGGUGACACAUCAUUUGUCAUUCCCGCAGCACCAAGUCCAAAUAUUCCUGCUCCACCUCCAGUCCCAGUGUCCAGUAUUCCCCCAGCUUCAAUGCAUGGUCUUACUAGCAUUCAAGAGUAUAAUCUACAGCAAUUAGCAAGUCUUGCUGAAAAAGUUGAUAUUACGGGCGAUACGGGAGUUGUAGGACCAAGUUCUAACCCUAGCCCAACUCCGUCCUUUACUCUUGCUGAUUUAUUUGCUGGUGAUCUUAGUUCUACUAGUCAUGCUAUAAACAAUUUACAAGCCUUAGCCAAGCUUGGAAACUCAUUAGUUAUAAAUCAAGACUUGAAUCCAUCAACUGCAAUGAAUGGAAGUAAUAUUGUUUUGGGGCGUGGAUCUUCACCUGUUGUAAUUGAUCCACCAAAUCUAGCAACAUUAACUGGCAAUGCUCUGUUGAAUGGAGGUGGCUUUCAAUCAAUUUCUUCCUCUACCUCGCCUAUAUUAUCUCAGACUACUGAUGAUCUUGGUGCAGGUGAUUCAAUACAUAAUAUGUCUACCAAUGGAGCUAAUUCAACUACAAAUAAUUUUAAUGCUCGGUCUUCUUCUACUAAUACAAAAUUGACGCCAAUGCAAAUUCGGUCUAAAUUUGGGCAGCUAGGCCCUAAUAAGAGUCAAUUCAAUUCACCCCAUGGCUUUUGUCUGGGCACUGACGAAGACAUUAUUGUUGCAGAUACAAAUAACCAUCGCAUACAGAUUGUUGAAAAAACUGGAAUAUUCAAGUUCCAAUUUGGAAUUCCUGGAAAAGAAGAAGGACAAUUGUGGUAUCCACGGAAAGUAGCAGUUAUGAGGAAUAGUGGCAAAUUUGUAGUAUGUGACAGAGGGAAUGAAAGAUCAAGAAUGCAGAUAUUUACGAAAAAUGGUCAUUUCAUUAAAAAAAUUGCUAUUCGUUACAUCGAUAUUGUAGCAGGUUUAGCUGUCACUAGUGAUGGACAUAUUGUUGCAGUAGAUAGUGUAUCUCCAACAGUGUUUGUUAUUAAUGAUGCAGGAAAACUCCUUUGGUGGUUUGAUUGCAGUAACCAUAUGAGAGAGCCCAGUGAUAUUACUAUCAGUGGAAAGGAAUUCUUUGUAUGUGACUUUAAGGGUCAUUGUGUUGUUGUAUUUCAUGAAGAUGGUCAAUUCCUACGUCGUAUUGGCUGUGAAAGUAUAACGAAUUUUCCUAAUGGUAUUGACAUAAGUGAUGCAGGUGACGUACUGGUAGGAGAUUCUCAUGGUAACAGAUUUCAUGUAGCAGUGUUCUCGAGAGAUGGCUCUUUAAUUUCUGAAUUUGAAUGUCCUUAUGUCAAAGUAUCAAGAUGUUGCGGCUUAAAGAUAACAUCAGAAGGAUAUAUUGUGACACUUGCAAAAAAUAAUCAUCAUGUUCUUGUGCUAAACACUCUAUACAUAGUCUGAGGACAUAGUUUAAGGUGAGAAUACAGGUCAAGUUGCAAACUUUUGUGCAAAACAUUCUUAGAUUAGUUAUUUUCAACGAAUCAUAAAAGAGAAUGCCCAACAGUUUCAAUCUGAUUCAAUUCAAAUCUGGGCCUACUGAAGCAAUAGAAGAAAUUAAUUCAGUAUCCAGCUUUAAUAGAUGUACGGGUAUUCCUAAAGUAUUCUUGAUUUAUGAAAGUAACAAAACAAAAAAAAAACUAAAAAAAAGCGAAAGAACAAGCAAAAGAUUGUAGGCAUUUGAUGAUGAAUAUUUGACAAAAGUAAACAACAUAAUUCAGUUGGUAAGCUGCCACAUUA